UAUGAAUUGUCCAAUGAAACUGGUUUUUGAGGCUCGGUCACCCGGGAGGGGCUCAGUGUCGAGCCGCAACUCCUCCGCAUUGAGAGGAGCCAGAUGAGGUGGCUGGGGCAUCUGAUCCGGACGCCUCCCUGGUGAGGUGUUCCGGGCACGUCCCACCGUAAAGAGACCCCGAGGACGACCCAGGACACGCCGGAGAGACUAUGUCUCUCGGCCGGCUCGGGAACGCCUCGGGAUCCCUCCGGAAGAACGGGAAGAAGUGGCUGGGGAAAGGGAAGUCUGUUUAUCCCUGCUGAAGCUACUUCCCCCGCGCCCGGACCCGGAAAAGCGCGAGAUAAUGGAUGGAUGGAUGGUUUACGAGUGGAGCGAGGGGGUGUUUGCAAGGCAGGCGAGCGGUGUUCAAAGUCAGUCUUUACCGAGCUGAAGCAGGCGCUGGACGAGGAGGGCAGUCGCUGCCUGCUGCUGUCGCGCCAGCGCCGCUUCAACCGGCGCUGCUGCAUCCGCUGCUGCGCGCCCUUCAGCUUCCUGCUCAACCCCAAGCGCCCGUGUCGCGACUGCCUCUACAACGUGUGCAAGGCCUGCAGAAUCUACAGCGAGGCCGACAAAGCCUGGCUCUGCUGCGCCUGCCAGAAGAGCAGGUCGCUGAAGAAACAGUCAUUGGAUUGGUUCUACGCGCACGUGAAGGGACGCUUCAAGCGCUUCGGCAGCGCCAAAGUUCUGAAGACCAUCUACAGGAGACACUUGGCCGAGCACAGUCCAGUUUCCGAGCUCACGGAGGGGAGCGCCUACGAGGAGAGCGUCUGCAAUGAAGGCAGCGUCUGCGGCAGCGACGUCACUUUCUACACACAAACUGAAGAGCGCAGCAUGGCAGAGACGCUCGCUGUGGCCUUCCGGGUGGCGGAGGAAGCCGUAGACGAGGCCAUUUCCAACGCAGAGUUCGACGCCGCCAGUCAGGAAAAUCGGAAUGAAGCCCGCUACCUGCGUGAGCACCGAGGAGAGCUCAUCGAGGAGCUGGCCAAAACCAUCAUCCAAAAAAUCAUCUCUAGGAGGAAGACCUCGGCUGACGCGAGGGACGACUACGACCGGGAGGGGUCGCUGGAGCGUGACGUCCUUCACGACGGCGAUCAAGCUGACGGCGCGUUUAAACACCUGAAAGGCCUCUGGAGGUCCCAGUCGGCCUUCUCGCUGAUGGACGACAGCCGAGACGAUCGUCAGACGUCACCCAAGGAAGGAGCAUCGGCCGCGUCGCCCCGGACCAGCGUCGAGCGUUUGGAAAACGCUGGUUGCGUGUCCUCUGUGCUGAAGAGUCCGGACGGGAACUGGAUCGCCCUGCAGAGUGCUCAGCUGUCGCGGCCCAGCCUGCUGGCCAAGAGGAAAAGUCUGGUCUACAGCGCCUUGGAGAGGGAGUCCGGAGCGGUGUCCGCUUACGAGGGCAUGGACUCCGACAACGAAGCCAAACCUGAGCCCAACACUUCCUGGGGCGCCAUCCUGCAGGAGUUCCACAGGAAGUUGACGGGGUCCAAAGUCCGUCGAGAUGCUGACAACAGAAAUGUUGCUCGGUCGGACUCCGAGGGGAAGCUUCAAACGUCUCCUGCGGCUGAAGUCAGACGGACGUCAUCUCAAAGGACCGAUAUCAUCGACAUCAACUUCAACGAGAAAGCCCCCGCGGAGGAAAGUGAGGCGGCGUCUGGAAAAGCCAAGAGAUCACGAAAGAAGAGAAGAAGUAAAAGAAGAGCAACACUUUCUGGACCUCUUCUAAUGGAUUACAACAGGAAAGACGUCCAUCCCUCUUCUCACUCUGACGCCGACACUCCUGACACAAUGACUCCUGACGCCGCGACUCCUGAUCCCCUCCACCGGGAUCAGUCGGGCAUCAGUCAAGUGAAACAGGACUUUACGUUGGAUGCACCUCAACCUGCAGAAUACAUUUCUAACGCCUCUGCUAGAGAUGAAGGCCGUUGCGACGCUAAAGACAACCACGAUGCACAGGAGAAGGAAACAAGAGACCAAGAUGGUGAAGAAGCGACGAUGGUGGUCGACUUUGGUGGAGAGGGAGGAGAGGAUGUGAUCGAGGAGGAGGAGGAUGAGGAUGAGGUCGAAUCUAGGUUGUACAAGCUGGUGGCAAAGUCCAGACUGGCGUACUUCUCAUCCACUGACGACGAACUGGAUCGAGCAGGAAGGAGUGAGGAGGACCGAGGGUGCGAUGAGGAAGAUCAGAAGGAAGAGACCGAAGGACUAACACAUAAACUCUGCCAGUUGGAGAAAGAAAUCCGAGCAAACAUGUUCUCCUCCACAGAGGACGAGCUGGACCGAGUCACAGAUGAAGAGGUGAAGAAGGAUGAGGAGGAAGAAGAGGAGCUGGCGGCGAAGGUCUGCCGGUUGGCCACCCAAGUGGGCGCCACCCAGUUUUCAUCUACCGAGGACGAGCUAGACCGUGAGGAAGUGGCUCACGAGGAGACGCUGUGGAGGUUGCAGGAGGACAAGGCGGCGCAGGCCACUCAGGUGCGCCACCUGGCCAGUCUGGUAAGCGCCUCACAGUUCUCCUCCACCGAGGAUGAGCUGGAUCGAGUCGGGGAGGAUGAGGAAAAGAUGACACGGGGAGAAGAGCCCUGGGGAGAAGCGGCGAAUGGACAUUGGGAAUCUACAGGAGAGGAACUGGUAGAAGAACCUAUGAGCGAUAAUUUUUCAGAUGCAAUGGAAGAAUUGGAUGCUUACGAGAUGUCAUCAGAAGAGGAAGAGGAAAUAAUGAGCGAGAAACAGGAUAAGUCAGAGAUAAGACAGUCAGAUCAGAAAGGAGGACAGGAGAUGCCCGAAGAAGACCUCAGAGAGGGCCGUGGUGGGAAGUGGGAGAGCGAGGAUGAAGAUGUUGAGUUCAAUAAAGUUAUCAGCAGCAUGUUGACAAUGACAUUGGAAGAUAUGCAGGAACAAGCCAAGACCGAACAGAAGAAAGAUGACCGGAAGACAGACGAGAAGAGGAACAAGGAUCCAAAGACUGACGAAGAGAGGAAGGAUGUUACGAUGACAAACGGAGAAAUCAAGGAGGACCCAAAGACAGAUGAGUCAAAGAGUGAAGAUACAAAGAUGGAUGAUGAAAAGGAAGAGGAUGAAAAGACAUGCGAGAAGCUGAACAAGGAGACAAAGACUGAUGAAGAGAGGAAAAUUGACACGAUGACAAAUGAGGAAAGGAACGAGAACACAAGGACAGAAGAGAACAGCAAUGGGGAUUUAAAGACACGGAAGGAGACAGACAAUGAGAAAGUUGUGGAAUCAAAGACAGGCGAGGAGAGGAAAGAUGACGUAAAUAUGGAUGAGACAGUCAGUGAGAAGAAAGAGGCCUCAAAGAUUGGUGAGAACAGGAAAGUUGACGCAAAAGAUGAUUGUGUGACAAGCGAGGAAAAGAAUGCCACAGAUCAUCGGAUCAACCAGGAGAAAAAUACUGACAAGGACCGGAAUGUGGAUACAAACACAAAUGAAGACAGGAAUGUGGCAAUCAUAGACCUGCGAGUGGACAAAAAGACAGACAAGGACUGGAACAAGGUUGCAAAGACAGACGAUGAGAAUAAAGAGGAGAAAAAGGACGAGAACAGCAGCAAAGACGGAAAGACUGAUAAAGAGAGGAAACUUGACAGAAUAACAGAUGAGGAAGGCAAUGAAGACACAAAGACAGACACAGACAUGAACAAGAACGUAAAGCUGGACAAGGAGACGGGCGAGGUUAAGAAAGGGGAUACAAAAAUAUCUGAGAACACAAACAUGGAGAACAAGACAGAUGAGCAAAUUGAAGAGAAAAAAAACAAGAUGGACAACCAGAAAGAGGACACAAAAACAGAGAACAUGAAAAUGGAUGCCAAUACAGAUGGGAAGGAUGAGGACAGGAACAAGGACACAGAGACUGAUGAGGACAGGAAUGAUGCUACAAUGACCAAUAAGGAAAGCAAUGAUGACACAAAGACAGGCAGGAGGAAGAAUGAGGAUACAGAGUCGGAUUGGGAGGGGAAAGAGGAUGAAAAGGAAGAUGAGAACAAGACCAAGAAUGUGAAGAUGGACAAGGAGGAAGACGAGCAGAACGAGAAUUCAAAGACAGCCGAGGACAGAGACACCCAGACAGAUGAGACAAAAGAAGCCACAGUAACAGAAAAAGACUGGAACGGGGCAGCUGAGGACCUGAAAGAGGACACAAUGGAGAGGAAGAAAGAUGAAAAGAUGGAAAACAACACAGCCGAUGAGAGGGAGGACUUCAAGACCGGUGAGGACAGAAACAAGAAGGCACAGACAGGUGAAGAGAGGAAAACUAAUAAAAUGACAAAUGAGACAAGUAAUGAGGACACAGCGACAGGUGAGGGCAAGAACCAGGCAGUUGAGGACCUGAAAGAGGACACAAUGGAGAGGAAAAAGGAUAAAAAGAUGGAAAGCAAGACACCUGAUGAGAAGCAGGAGGACUUAAAGACCGGCGAGGACAGAAACAUGAAGGCACAGACAGGUGAGGAGAGUAAAACUGAUAAAAUAACAAAUGAGACAGGUAAUGAGGACACAAUGAGAGACGAGGAAGAUAACCAGGUAGGAAAGGACCUGAAAGAGGACAUAAAGACAGAUGAGAACAGGAAAACUGAUAAAAUAACAAAUGAGACAAGUAAUGAGGACACAAUGACAGACGAGGAUGAUAACCAGGUAGGAAAGGAUGUGAAAGAGGACAUAAAGACAGAUGCAAGGAUGGUGGAUGCAACGACAAACAAGGAUACGGAAAAGACUGCUGAAGACCUGAGAGAAGACACAAAGACAGACCAGCAGACAGACGCUAAAAAGAAAGAGGACUCUGAAGCAAAGAGCGAAGACCUGGAAGAGAACCUUAAGACACACCAGGAUAGGAACAACGAUGCCAAGACCAACAAGAAGAGGAACGAGGACACCAUAACAGUCAUGGGGAGGAAAGAGGAAUUAAACACGGACGAGGGCAAGAACUGGUCUACACAGACAAAUAUGAAGGGGAAAGAUGAUAUGAAGACUGAUGGUGAGAGAACAGAGGACUCAAAAGCAGAUGAGGACAGGAAUAAGGACCUGCAGACAGACAAAGACUGGAAUCAGGAUGAACAAACAGACGACAACAAGCGUAAGACAGGCAAGAGAGAUGAGGACUGGAACAGGUAUUCAAAGACACAAAAGGACAGAACUGAGGAUGCAAAGAAAGAUAUGGACUGGAGCAGUGAUGCACAGAUAGACAAGGACAGGAACACGGAUGUGAAGACAGACAAAGUUUGCACUGAGGAGUCCAAUACAAACGACAGGGAAGACAAUUCGGAGACAGACAAGAACAGGAAAGAAGACGGUCAGACAGACAAGGAUCCACAGACAGAGAAGGACAAGAGCGAGGAAGGCAAGACAGACAAAGACAGGAACAAGGAUGUGAAAACCGAAAGUGAAAGGAUUGAGGAUUCAAAGAAAGACAAGGAGAAUGAAGGGACAAAGGCAGAAAAGAACAGGGACAAGGAUGAAAAGACAAACAAAAUCUGUGAUGAGGUGUCUGACCCAGACAAGGAGAGAGAAGAGGAUUGGAAGAUAGACAAAGACAGGAAAGAGGAGCCCAAGAAAGACGAGGAUGUACGGACGGACAAGAAUUCAAAGACAGAAAAGGACAGGAGCAAGGACAUGAAGACAGACAGUGAGAGGAAUGAGGAUACAAAAAAGGACGAGAAGAACCCCGACACAGACGAGGACAGGAAGAAGAAGGUAAAAAUCUGGAAUGAGGAGGCCAAUACAGACAGGGAAAGGAAGAAGAAGUUCGAGAAAGACAAGGACAGCAGGGAAGAUACCAAGAGCUACAAAGAGAGCGUAGAUAGUGCAAAGACAGACAUGAACGAGGACAAAGACAAAGAUAUGAAAGAUGACAAAGAGACUAAAGAGGAAAAGAUAGGCACUGAAUGGGCUGAAGACAGGAACCAGCAUGACGAGACCAACAAGGAGAAGGAAGACAAAUUGAAGACAGAAAAGCACAAGAACAAGGACACCGAGAGUGACAGGGAAAGGAAUAAGAACGCAAAGACAGAAGAUUCAAAACAAGUCCAAGAAGAUCAAAAGAAGCUACUUGAAAAUGCAGCGAAGCAAACUGCGAGAGAAACGUUUCAGGGUGCUGAUCUUCCACUCGGUCGUUUAACUGAGAGACAACGGCAAAAAGCCGCCGCCGUGGAAGACCGAGACAGAAGAAAUAUGGCCGCCACGGAGGAUAGUUUCCCGUCACCGGAGGGGAUCGCAAACGCUAGCGACAGUGAAGUGUACGACGCCGUACACUUCAUAUCGACGUUGCUGGAACAGAGGUACACGGCGGCGUCCCUCUGCAGCAUAACCACCGAGGUCCUGAAGGUUCUGAACGCCACCGAGGAGCUGCUCCAGGAGGUGGAGGGCCGCGGAGGCCGUGGCCCCUCCGCCCCCUCUUUGCCCGCCGACGCUGACCCCAAGGAACUAGAUCAGCAGUUCUCUGCGCUGGAAGAAAAAGUGUACAUGGCGGCGGGCUCGGUGUACGGUGUGGAGACCGAGCUGGGCGAACUGGAGGAGCGGGCCAGGGACAUCUCGAGGGGCACGCCCGACACGGAGCUGUCGUUCCUGGAGGACCGGGUGGCAUCGGCCGCCGCCAGGGUUCAGCAGUCGGAGCUUCAGAUCAGCGACAUCUCGGCAAGGAUCGCAGCGCUGAGGAGCGCCGGUCUGGACGUGGACCCGCAGUCCCGUUUGGCCAAGACCAGGACCGUCCCAGUCAUGCCUCUCACGCUGAGCUCGUCCAGACAGCUGAGAAGACGACUGCCUGCGCUCCCGCGUCCAGGUGAGCGCAACACGAAGCCAGCUAGAGAGGAAAGCUGAGUCCUGAUUUGUGACCAACCGGCAAGAGCGGGGGCGCUUUCUUUCCGCAACAGACUGAAAAACGAUGUGCCUGUCCCCCGAUUUUACGACACCCGGAAUAUUUUAACAACUCCUGUGACAACCGUGGUGUGUUCCGUUCACUUUGAUGCGGUUAAGUACCGUAACGAUCCCUAACCCCACUCCUGAAGCCUCACCCCUAAAGACUAACCUGAAAACCUCCGCCAAACCUUCGUCCUUACGGGGAAUCCUAAACGGUUCCCCAAACUUUACAAUACCUCUAAACCAAAGCAUAACCUUGAGCCGACGGUAUCUCCUGAAGCUAAAAUCUCCCUGAUCACCGAUGUGGUCUUUGAAGGAUUUUGGUUUUUGUUUUGUCUCGUUUAUGUUCCAGAAGACGACAAAAGCUAAUCCAAGGCCGGAUGACCUCAGCGGUGCCUUUGAGACUGAAGUCUUCCUUUUCUGCUCAUUAGAAAAAACAACUACAAAACAGAGCAAAUUUAUCAUCAGUUUAGAGAUCAUUUUUAUAACAGUACAGUCUAGAAGAAAUAAAAAAAAAAACACAAACCUG